GCAGCCGGACGGGCGGACCUACUGACCAAUGGUUGACGGCUCGGGAGGUGCCGGGCCAAUCGGCGGGGGCAUGGGCGGGACUUCGGCGGGACCCGGAAGCUGGCCCGGCUGGGUCCAGGCCAUGGCGGCGACGGCCGCGGUGGGGAUCCCGGGGGCUGCGGGCGACCCGGGCCGGGGCCGGAGCACGCCCGGGGAGGUCAUCCACCUGAACGUGGGGGGAAAGAGGUUCAGCACCUCCCGCCAGACGCUCACCUGGAUCCCCGACUCCUUUUUCUCCAGCCUCCUGAGUGGGAGAAUUUCCACCUUGAAGGAUGAGACUGGAGCAAUUUUUAUCGACAGGGACCCCACAGUCUUUGCCCCCAUCCUCAACUUCCUGCGAACCAAGGAGCUGGACCCCAGGGGUGUCAACGGCUCCCUUCUCCUGCAUGAAGCCCAGUUCUACGGGAUCACCCCUCUGGUUAGGCGUCUGCAGCUCCGGGAGGAACUGGACCGGUCAUCUUGUGGGAAUGUCCUUUUCAAUGGAUAUUUGCCCCCACCAGUGUUCCCAGCCAAGCGGCGAAACCGGCACAGCCUUGCAGGUCCCCAGCUGUCAGGCGGCCGGCCGGCCCCGGUGCGCCGCAGCCACACCAUGCCCCCCAACUUGGGCAACGCAGGGUUGCUGGGCAGGUUGCUGGAAGACAAGGCACCCACGCCCCCCUCAGGGAUGCCGGACGAGCCAGGGAUGGUGCGGCUGGUCUGUGGCCACCACAACUGGAUUGCCGUGGCUUAUACACAGUUCCUGGUGUGCUACAGGCUGAAGGAGACAUCGGGCUGGCAGCUGGUAUUCUCAAGCCCGAGGCUGGACUGGCCCAUUGAGCGCCUGGCGCUGACUGCCCGUGUCCCUGGCGGUGCCCUGGGCGAGCAUGACAAAAUGGUGGCCGCGGCUGCUGGCAGCGAAAUCCUCCUCUGGGCCCUGCAGGCUGAUGGCAACGGCAGCGAGAUUGGUGUCUUCCAGCUGGGCGUCCCUGUCGAGUCUCUGUUCUUUGUGGGAAACCAGCUCAUCGCUACCAGCUCCACGGGCCGUAUCGGCGUCUGGAACGCUGUCACCAAGCAUUGGCAGGUCCAGGAAGUCCAGCCCAUCACCAGCUACGAUGCCGCCGGCUCCUUCCUGCUCCUUGGCUGCAAUAAUGGAGCCAUCUACUACUUAGAUGUGCAAAAGUUCCCCCUCCGGAUGAAGGACAAUGACCUGCUAGUGAGUGAACUGUACCGAGACCCGGCCCAGGAUGGAGUCACGGCCUUGAGUGUCUAUCUCACCCCCAAGACCAGUGAUAGUGGUAACUGGCUGGAGAUUGCCUAUGGCACCAGCUCGGGGGGUGUCCGUGUCAUCGUGCAGCACCCAGAGACUGUGGGCUCGGGGCCCCAGCUUUUCCAGACCUUCACCGUCCACCGCAGUCCCGUUAUCAAGAUCAUGCUGUCUGAGAAGCACCUCAUCUCUGUUUGCGCUGACAACAAUCAUGUUCGGACGUGGUCUGUGACCCGCUUUCGGGGCAUGAUCUCCACCCAGCCAGGUUCUACCCCACUGGCUUCCUUCAAGAUCCUGGCGUUGGAGGCUGCCGACAGCCACGGGGGCUGCAGUGCUGGCAGUGACAUUGGCCCUUAUGGUGAGCGGGAUGACCAGCAAGUCUUCAUCCAGAAGGUGGUGCCCAACUCCAGCCAGCUCUUCGUUCGGUUGUCAUCUACCGGCCAGCGGGUAUGCUCGGUGCGCUCCGUGGACGGCUCUCCCACAACAGCCUUCACGGUCCACGAGUGCGAGGGUUCCCGGAGGCUGGGUUCACGGCCCCGACGCUACCUUCUCACUGGCCACGCCAACGGCAGCCUUGCCAUGUGGGACCUCACCACGGCCAUGGACCGACUGGGCCAGGCCCCAGAGGGAGGCCUGACGGAGGAGGAAUUGUUGGAACAGCUGGAACAGUGUGAGCUGGCCCUUCUGGCCCCCAGCCCGGAGCCUGGCCCCAGCCCCUCACCCCGGACUUCUAUCUGCAGCUUCCAAUCAGAGGCUAGUGUAGAUGCCAGUCCAAGUCAUCAAGGGAGCCCAGGCCCCCCACAACCAGAGGCCCGGAGGCGGGGGGCUGGCAGCUUUGUGGAACGGUGUCAGGAGCUAGCCCGGAGUGGACCAGACCCCCGCCGGCCCCCCACACCAGCCCCCCGGCCUUACCCAGGCCUGGGGGGGCCCCUGUUAACCCCCAAGGCUCCGCUCAGUGAGACGUCCUUCUGAAUCUUCCCGGCCUUGCUAAGGGAAGACUUUGAGGUGCCUUUGGACGUCUGUCUCCAUCUGCCUGUCCAUUCUCCUAACCCAUCUCCAUCAUCCUGGGGUCAGGGCUGGGGUCCCCUUGGAGCUGUCACUCUUACAACCCUGCCACAAGAAGCCAAAGUCUCCCCUGCUGCACACAAUAAAGUGUUCCCCAUUGCUGCCUCCA